AGCCCCGUUGCAAUGGUGUUCAAAGUGCAUUUAAUUUUCUUAUUACUUUUCAACUAGAAAUCCCUGUAAAAAUGCCGCUAAAAGGCAUAAAGGUAUUGGAAUUUGUGGGCCUAGCUCCAGGACCAUUGUGUGGCAAGAUCCUUACCGAUUUUGGCGCUACCGUCACUCGCAUUGAUAAGAUUCUUGACAAUCCUCUUGACGUACUGCAGCAGGGAAAAAGCACAAUAAGCGUGGACUUAAAGAACCCAAAGGGCCAGCAAUUGGUGCUAAGGUUGGCAAACAAGUGCGAUGUACUUAUCGAACCCUUUCGACCAGGAGUUAUGGAGAAACUUAAUUUGGGCCCCAACGAGCUUCGUAAACAGAAUCCGCGUCUUAUUUACGCCCGUCUUACGGGAUUUGGUCAGCACGGGAGAUUGGCGCCACGGGCGGGCCAUGAUAUCAACUAUGUGGCCAUAUCGGGUGUACUUUCUAUGUUGGGCAGGCGACAGGAAAAGGUCACAGCACCUAUAAAUCUGCUGGCGGACUUCGCUGGCGGCAGUGUAAUGUGCGCUCUGGGCAUUUGCCUCGCGCUCUUGGAGCGCCACAAUUCCGGAAGAGGUCAAGUGGUGGAUGCCUCAAUGGUGGAGGGAGCUGCCUAUGUGGCCAGUUGGCUGUUUAUGUCCCGAAAUCUGAACAUCUGGGGUCAAGAGCGGGGAGACAACAUCCUUGAUGGUGGUUCAUAUUUUUACGAUACGUACGAGACCAAGGACGGCCUCUACAUUUCCGUGGGCGCCUUGGAACCGCAGUUCUUUGAGCUGCUUAAACAGCGCUUGGAACUUCCCGAAGAUCUCUGCCAAUUUGGCGAAGAACAUCAGGAUCGCGGAAAGAGACUAUUAACGGAAGUCUUUCUAUCCAAAACUCAAUCGGAAUGGUCAAAGAUUUUCGAGGACGUGGAUGCCUGUGUAUAUCCCGUGCUGGACUACCGGGAAGUCCAUAAGCACGAUCACAAUAAGGAAAGGGAAUCCUUUGAGCUGCUCGAGGGUGUGACUGCUCCACGUCCAGCUCCACUUUUAAGUCGAACUCCAGGGAAAUUGCCCAAGAAAAGUGAUAAGCAGCACAAUUUGAUUGAAGAACUGGAGCUGAAACCCCAGGAACUGAAGGAUUUAUUGGAUUCAGGAGUACUUACGCUUCCAGAAAAGGCUAAGCUGUAGGAUUCAAUUGGAAGUACCGCCAUAAAUAAAACUCUUUUUUGUUGCUCUUGCA